AUGCUGCCAUCAUCAUCAUCACCACCACCAUCUUCAACGAACGAAUGGGCCAAAGCAGAGAAGGAAAUUGCUCAAGACCAACAACUUCAAGAAAAAAUCACCAAUGAGGAAUUCAAAAUAUGGAAAAAGACAGUUCCCUUAUUAUACGACUUUAUUCAUACUUUUGCUUUAGAUUAUCCUUCUACUAUCGUAGAAUGGUUACCCAAAUAUAACAAAACCAGCGAUGACGACAUUGUUGAAGUUCAAUUUCUACUAAGUUCCACCGCUGUCAAUGGAUUAGAAAAUUCAUUGGAGCUAGCUUCUAUUACUUUACCUUCAACGUUGGCUGGCAAAGAUAGUAUCACAGUUCCUUCUGAUGGGAUCGAUACUUCUAAUUUCAAAAAGUUGACUAAAUGGAAACAAAAUUCCGUGGCUAAUGCAUUGAAAUUAUCACCAGAUGGAUCGAUUGCUUUAUCUUUUAAUGGAGAUGGUAUCAUUCACGGAUACAAUUUAUCCAGUGAUAAAGUUGUUGAUUACAAGUAUCAUAAACAGCUGGGAUUUGCAUUAGAUUGGAUAGACAAUGACAGAUUUUUAUCAGGAGGUUAUGAUUCACAGAUUGCCUUGUGGCAACUUGAUAAACCAUCUACUCCUAUACAAUUAUUUAAAUCGCAUCAUGGAGCAGUCAACGAUAUUUCAACUAGUGAUGUCAAUAUCUUUGGAUCCGUUAGUGACGAUUCAACUACUCAAUUCCAUGAUUUAAGAACAUCCAUAGGCGAUUCUAACCCAGUUGUCAAAAUUGAAGAUAAAUUUAUUCAAAAUUGUAUUAAAUUCCAUCCCAAGAUAAAUACCCUUUAUGCCACAGCUGGUAAAGAUAAUGUUGUUUCUUUAUAUGAUUUGAGAAAUUAUAAACAACCAUUUAGGAAAUUAUUUGGUCAUAAUUCCUCCAUUAGACAAUUGGAAUGGGAUAACUUCAAUCCACUGACUCUUGUUUCUUGUGGAUUGGAUUCAAGAAUUUUAUUUUGGAAUUUAGAUAAUCUAGAGGAAGAUUAUACUUAUCCUGAUACAAAUGCAAAUACUGAGACUAACAAGAGGAAAAACCAACAAGCUAGUAAGCCUGAUCCAUGUUUGAAAUAUGUACAUGGUGGUCAUGUUGGAAGAAUUAAUGAUUUUGCUCUUCAUCCGAAAAUUCCUAAUUUGUUUGCUAGUGUUGGUGACGAUAGAUUAUUGGAAAUUUGGAAACCAAAAGCGUUGCCUGUAGAGGAAGAAGAGGAAGAAGAGAAAGAAGAAGAAGAAGAGGAGGAGGAGGAGGAGGAGGAGGAGGAGGAGAAUCAAGAAGAAGAGAAGAAAAAUGACAAAGAAAAGAGUACCGAAGCUGACGUUGAUGCUGAUGCUGGUAAAUCCUCCAAAGAUGAUGAUGAAGAAGCAUCUCUGUCAAAAGAUGUUGAAAUGAAAGAUUAA